AUUCCUUGACGCCAGAUGGCCAGGCUCAUCGCACGACAGUUUUAUUUAUCGUGCAAGUGAUAUUGCGGACCACAUGGACGCAAUGAACAGAAGUUGGACUGAUGGCAUUUUAAUUGCUGACAGUGGGUAUGCCUGUUCUCGUGUCAUGAUGACACCAUACAGAGUGGCCGAUACUCAGCAGAAAAUUAAUUUCAACCGGGCACACUCAAGGACAAGGGUUGCUGUGGAAAUGGCUUUUGGUCGCUGGAAGCGACGAUUCGGAAUUCUACAUGGAGAGCUACGUCUGAAGCCAGCUAAAGCGUCUAAGGUCACUGUAGCCUGUGCUGUACUCCACAACCUUGCCAUCGACCUGAAGGAGCCUGAUGUGGAUGACGUUGUUCCUGUUGCGCCACAGCCAGGCGAAGAUUACAGAGGACAGGAGCAGGGGCAGGCCAUAAGAGAUCAUAUUGCUAGAGCAUACUUCAAUUAAUAUAGGAUAAUUGUUUUAUUUCAAUGUAAGAUCUAUUUCAACAAGUUAGCAUCAAAAGAUAAAUUUCACAAGUGGCGUAGCUAUGAAUUAAGUAUUUACUUUUGGUGUUCACGAGGUGAAAUAUAUUUUAAUUACACUGAAACAUUUUUCCUUUUUUAUUAUAUGCCUUAAAAUGACAAUAAAUCAGUCAUCGAAAUUAGACUUUUGGAUGAACAAGCCCAUAUUCUUAUUCUAUUGCUUGGCAUCAAAUUUUUUAACAAGCCCUAGUAUAUAAAAUUCAGAAUUUGAGCAAGCCCGAAACACAUUUUACCAGUGCAGGGCUUGCAGGCUUGUGUAAAUUUCGACCACUGAUAAAUUGUUGUUUUUCAGAAAAGCGUGCCAAUUUUCAUGCAAAUGUAACAUCAUUUCUGAAAUGCGCUGACAUUUGAUUUGUAAUUGAGAGCAUGCUAAAACUAAAACAGUUGAGAAACAGCAAUUGAAACAGUGAAAUAAGCUUUUUAUUUCACUGAUAAAUCUUUAUUAACACAGGAAGGCAUAUAAUAAAAAGUGUUUUUCGUGUUUAUUAUAUGCAUUGCCAUUAGUGAAAUAUGGAUAUGGAUAACACAAUAUAACAAGUCACACUUAUUCUCUUGAUCAAAUAUCUAGGCUUACCCAUGAAUCCCGCUAGUGUUUGGCUGAAGGAUUGUUCCUUCUCUUGCAUUUUUUCAGUGGCACACUUGAAGAAUGUCUCCAUUGCUGCGAAGCUUCGGAUCUGGACAUCGGUCAGUUCAUUCUGUAUUAAAAUUGUAAUAUUGCAGUGAAUAUGGAAAUAU